AUGCUUCACACGGCCAUAUCAUGCUGGCAGCCGUUCCUGGGUCUGGCAGUGGUGUUAAUCUUCAUGGGAUCCACCAUUGGCUGUCCCGCUCGCUGUGAGUGCUCUGCCCAGAACAAAUCUGUGAGCUGCCACAGAAGGCGGUUGAUCGCCAUUCCGGAGGGCAUUCCCAUCGAGACCAAAAUCUUGGACCUAAGUAAAAACAGGCUGAAAAGCGUCAACCCUGAAGAGUUCAUAUCAUAUCCUCUGCUGGAGGAGAUAGACUUGAGUGACAACAUCAUUGCCAAUGUGGAACCAGGAGCAUUUAACAAUCUCUUUAACCUGCGUUCCCUUCGCCUGAAAGGCAAUCGCCUGAAGUUGGUCCCUUUGGGGGUAUUCACAGGGCUGUCCAACCUCACCAAGCUUGACAUCAGUGAGAAUAAGAUUGUCAUUUUACUGGACUACAUGUUCCAGGAUCUGCAUAACCUGAAGUCUCUAGAAGUAGGGGACAAUGAUUUGGUUUAUAUAUCACACAGGGCCUUUAGCGGGUUACUUAGCUUGGAGCAGCUUACCCUGGAGAAAUGCAAUUUAACAGCAGUACCAACAGAAGCCCUCUCCCACCUCCGCAGUCUCAUCAGCCUGCAUCUGAAGCAUCUCAAUAUCAACAAUAUGCCCGUGUAUGCCUUUAAAAGAUUGUUCCACCUGAAACACCUAGAGAUUGACUAUUGGCCUUUACUAGAUAUGAUGCCUGCCAAUAGCCUCUAUGGUCUCAACCUCACAUCCCUUUCAAUCACCAAUACCAAUCUGUCCACUGUACCCUUCCUUGCCUUUAAACACCUGGUAUACCUGACCCACCUUAACCUCUCCUACAAUCCCAUCAGCACUAUUGAAGCAGGCAUGUUUUCUGACCUGAUCCGCCUUCAGGAGCUUCACAUAGUGGGGGCCCAGCUCCGCACCAUUGAGCCUCACUCCUUCCAAGGGCUCCGCUUCCUUCGAGUGCUCAAUGUGUCUCAGAACCUGCUGGAAACUUUGGAAGAGAAUGUCUUCUCCUCCCCUAGGGCUUUGGAGGUUCUGAGCAUUAAUAACAACCCUCUGGCCUGUGACUGCCGUCUCCUUUGGAUCCUACAGCGACAGCCUACCCUGCAGUUUGGUGGUGAGCAGCCCAUGUGUGCUGGUCCAGACACCAUCCGUGAGAGGUCAUUCAAGGAUUUCCAUAGCACUGCUCUUUCUUUUUACUUUACCUGCAAAAAACCCAAAAUCCGUGAAAAAAAGUUGCAGCACCUGCUGGUGGAUGAAGGGCAGACAGUCCAGCUAGAGUGCAAUGCUGAUGGAGACCCACAGCCUGUGAUUUCCUGGGUGACACCCCGAAGGCGUUUCAUCACCACCAAGUCCAAUGGAAGAGCUACUGUGUUGGGCGAUGGCACCUUGGAAAUCCGCUUUGCCCAGGAUCAAGACAGUGGGAUGUAUGUUUGCAUCGCUAGCAAUGCUGCUGGGAAUGACACCUUCACAGCCUCCUUAACUGUGAAAGGAUUCACUUCAGACCGCUUCCUUUAUGCGAACAGGACCCCUAUGUACAUGACCGAUUCCAAUGACACCAUUUCCAAUGGCACCAAUGCCAAUACUUUUUCCCUGGACCUUAAAACAAUACUGGUGUCUACAGCCAUGGGCUGUUUCACAUUCCUGGGAGUGGUUUUAUUUUGUUUUCUCCUCCUUUUUGUGUGGAGCCGAGGGAAAGGCAAACACAAAAAUAGCAUUGACCUUGAAUAUGUGCCCCGAAAAAACAAUGGUGCUGUUGUGGAGGGGGAGGUGGCCGGACCCAGGAGGUUCACCAUGAAAAUGAUCUGA